ACAGCUGUUGGAUUGAUAAGACUGACAUGUUCAUAUAAUAACGAACACAAAGUUUUUGGAGAAUCACUUGUAGAUAUUGUUGAUUAGCCGUUAACAAUGCAAUUGCAAAUAGUACGGUUAUUAACAUGGAAGAUAGCGAACCAUGGAAAACGAUUUAUAACUACAAGCAAUAGGAAGGAGAAAACCUUUCGAAAACUUUACCAAGAGUUUUGGUCGCCCAAGUCUAUACAUAACCCUCCUUAUGAGCAUUUCACACAAAUUGGGGAUCCAGUUUUACGCACUAAAGCUGCAGAAGUGCCUGGAGACCUUAUUAAUAGUAAAGAGGUAGAACAUAUUGUUGAAAAAAUGAUCAAAGUAUUACGAAAGUUCGAUUGCGUUGGCGUUGCAGCACCACAAAUUGGAAUUUCGCUUCGAAUCAUUGUGAUGGAAUUUCGAGAAGGAUUGAUAGACAUAUUGCCAAAACCUGUUUACGAAGCGAGAAAGAUGUCUACACUACCACUAACAGUUGUAAUAAAUCCAACAUUGACUGUAACUAACUACGAAAAGCAUAAACAUCCGGAAGGCUGUAUGAGUGUUCGAGGUUAUUCCGCAGAAGUGGAACGUUUUCAUUCGGUUAUGUUAAAAGGAAAAAAUCUCAGCGGCGUAGAAAACAAAGUUGAAUUAAGUGGUUGGAACGCAAGAAUAGCGCAACAUGAAAUGGACCACUUGGACGGAAAACUUUAUAUUGAUCGCAUGGAUAGUUCCACUUUUAUUUGUACAUGUUGGGAGACAGUUAAUGCUAAAAGUGGACGUGUUGAGAUACCUUUUUAUAAAUAAUGUAUAGAGUAAAGCUUGCCUUCAUACUUUCUUAAAUUUUUUGUCGGACUUGUUCGUUUCGAGACGUUUCGUUUGUCUUCAGUUUUUUUUUUAUGUUUUAGUAAGAAUAAGUAAACUAAAUUAUGUUAUCUAAUUAUAAAUAUACAUAGUUCUUUAAUUUAUUACGUUUAAUGAAAAAACACAAACUAGCUUUUCUGUGCUUAUACAAAUUAAAAACGUAAUUAUUUAUUUUCCAAUUA